ACAAAACGUAAUGCACCUUAAAUGCUGCCAGUGUUUUCAGCGUUAUUCAGUAGCAUUUCGCUGUUCUUUACUAAUGGACUGACAUCAGCUAGCAGAGAUGCUGCUUAAAGAUCUUCCCAAAGAGGCCCUGAUGCGGCCGUUGUCCAGGAAGGAAGUGGUGGGCAUGUUGUUGAGGUUGACCAUCUUUGGCGCAGCAACCUACUACAGCAUCAAAUGGGUUGUAGACGCUAUGGACCCUACCUCCAAACAGAAAAACCAAGCCAAGAAAAGGGCAGAACAACUGAUGAAGAGGAUUGGCAUUGAGGGCGUCAAACUAACAGAGUAUGAGAUGAACAUUGCAGUUCAUCUAGUUGAUCCUCAAACUAUGAAAGUGUCCUGGAGAGAUAUAGCAGGUCUGGAUGAGAUUAUCAAUGAGCUGCAAGACACAGUCAUCCUGCCCUUUCAGAAAAGACACCUUUUGGCUGGAUCCAAACUCUUUCAGCCUCCUAAAGGUGUUUUAUUGUUUGGUCCUCCGGGAUGUGGGAAGACCAUGAUCGCCAAGGCAACAGCCAAAGCCUCGGGCUGCAAGUUUAUCAACCUUCAGGCAUCCACGCUGACCGACAUGUGGUACGGCGAAUCACAGAAGCUGACUGCUGCUGUCUUCUCAUUGGCUGUCAAAAUCCAGCCCUGCAUCAUCUUUAUUGAUGAGAUGGAGUCAUUCCUGAGGAACCGUUCCAGCCUGGACCAUGAGGCCACAGCCAUGAUGAAGGCCCAGUUCAUGAGCCUGUGGGACGGCCUGGAUACUUCCUCAACCACCCAGGUGAUGGUGAUGGGAGCCACAAACAGGCCACAGGAUGUGGAUCCAGCCAUUCUGCGCAGGAUGCCUACCACUUUUCAUGUUGGCCUGCCAAACACAAGACAAAGACAGGACAUCCUGAGGCUGAUCUUAGCAGGAGAAAAUCUGAGCAAUGCCAUUAAUCUAAAGGAGAUUGCUGAGAAGACAGAGGGUUACUCUGGCAGUGACCUCCGGGAGCUUUGCCGCGAUGCUGCCAUGUACAGAGUCCGGGACUACGUCCGCAAAGAGCAGAUGAGGCAGAUCGCUCAGCAGCUACAGGACUGCGAGGAGGAAGAAACACCUGUGGAUGAGGACCGGUUGCGGCCAGUCACCCAGCUGGACCUCCUUUUCGGCCUGGACAAGAUGAAGGAAUCUAAGCGGGCCACCGUCUCCAUGUUGCCCAUUGUGUCGGAGGUACCCCUGGACUAAACAUCAACACUGCACCACGGCGAGAAACGUUUUCUUCUGGCUUUUCUCCGCAGUGCGUUCCAACUCAGCAACAGAGGCUCCUCCGACACGUCAGAGGUGCAGUUGAAAAAGCCAGAGAGCAGCCACACGUUUCUUAACGUUUAUUUAUCCAGGCAGAGUUUGUUCUGAGCACGCUCCCUUUCAGCACAACCCUGUCACAUGUGUACAGUUACAAUACAUUCAGAAAAUCUAAUGUC